CGUCAGCGGUGGUUUUUCGGGUUGAUCCGACUUCUUUUGGCUGCUGAGUUUACUGUAUUGUAAAAGGAGGGGGGGGUUGCUUAACAUUCCCCCGACAGGGUACACAUCCGGUGACUCGACGACCACAAACCACAUCGUACCCCUUUGAAAUUAUCCUGAAACUUUGUUGUUCCUAUUUAUUUAUUCAAUUUGUCUUAGUUUAUGUUCACACUCCGGGAGGGCAGAAAUGGCGGCCAACAUGUACCGGGUCGGAGAUUAUGUCUUUUUUGAGAACUCAUCGAGUAAUCCUUACCUGAUCCGCCGUAUAGAAGAACUGAACAAGACGGCAAGUGGGAAUGUGGAGGCCAAGGUGGUUUGUUUCUACAGAAGGAGAGAUAUAUCCCAUAGUCUCAUUCAGCUCGCAGACAAACAUGCAAUGGAGCUGGAAGAAGAGAAGGAGAACCCGACAGAGACAGAACUUACAGAAAAACAGAAACACCAGCUUCGCCAUAGAGAACUCUUUCUUUCGCGACAGUACGAAAGUCUGCCUGCAACACACAUCAGGGGGAAGUGCAGCGUCGCAUUACUGAACGAGACUGAGGCUGUUCUUUCAUAUCUUGAUAAAGAGGAUACCUUCUUUUACUCGCUGGUGUACGACCCCACACAGAAAACCCUCCUUGCAGACAAAGGAGAGAUCAGAGUAGGGCCACGAUUUCAGGCCGACGUGCCCGAGAUGUUGCAAGAAGGAGAAGCAGAUGACCGAGACCAGUCCAAGCUAGAAGAAAAACUUUGGGAUCCUGAAUGUCCUCUUACCAACAAACAAAUAGACCAAUUUUUAGUGGUGGCAAGGGCAGUGGGUACUUUUGCUCGUGCGUUGGACUGCAGCAGUUCUGUCAGACAACCAAGUUUACACAUGAGUGCUGCUGCAGCCUCACGAGACAUUACGUUGUUCCAUGCGAUGGACACACUGCAUUCACACAAUUACGACCUGUCCAGCGCACUAAGUAUUCUGGUUCCUGCUGGGGGGCCAGUGCUUUGCCGGGACGAGAUGGAGGAAUGGAGCGCCUCUGAGGCAGCUAUGUUUGAGGAGGCUCUAGAAAAAUAUGGGAAGGACUUCAAUGACAUACGGCAAGACUUUCUGCCUUGGAAGUCACUGACCAGCAUCAUAGAGUACUACUACAUGUGGAAAACUACAGACCGAUAUGUGCAACAGAAGCGACUGAAGGCUGCUGAAGCAGAGAGCAAGCUAAAGCAGGUUUAUAUUCCCACAUAUAACAAGCCCAACCCCAACCAGAUAUCCAUGACCAAUGGCAAGAUGGCGACAGUGAAUGGAGCAGGACCCGGGGCCUUCCACGCGUCGGCGGGCGGGCGGGCAUGCGAGAGCUGUUACACCAUGCAGUCGGCCCAGUGGUACUCGUGGGGCCCCCCCAACAUGCAGUGCCGCCUGUGUGUCUCAUGCUGGAUGUACUGGAAAAAGUAUGGUGGUCUGAAGAUGCCCAGCAGAGCAGAUGGACCAGAGGAGAGGACCUCCCCGACACCCACAGCUAAUGAGCCUCGUUCUCGGGGUCACGCUCCUCGCCAGUCCAACCACAUGGUUCCCAUGCGGAACAGCGGCAGCCCAAAAUCCUCCAUGAAGACCAAGCAGGCGUUCCUGCUGCAGGCCACCCGCCUCACCAAACUGGCCCGGCACAUGUGCCGUGACAUCAUCAAGCUGCGCCGCGCAGCACGGCGUCCCUUUGUCCCCAUUAACUGUGGGGCCAUAAAGGCAGAGUAUAUGUUAAGGGUUUCCGAAGGGCAAGGAACCCGUCUACCCAAAACCCGAGCGGCCAAAAGAAGCACACUAACCAGUGUUGUGCAGUUUCUAGAGUCUCGCCCUGCUGCACAAACGCCCCGUCCUCACCGCACUCCGGGCCUGCAGACACCUCCACCUAGACGCCUGCUCUCUUCGCUACCACACGGACCCCACGGCAUGCUGGGAAAGCGUAGCUACCAUCACCACAGCAGGACAGAGGCGGAUAGACGUGCAGACAACCCAGGACCCACAAGUGGGCCACUCAUGCACAACGGCCGCAACAGCGGCAGUGGAAGCACUCGUGGAGGAGUGAUGAUCCGCAAGAGACGCCCCAAUUGGAUCGAUGCGCCAGACGACAGCUUCUUCCUCGUCACCAGGGAGACCAGAAGAGCCCGGCGGAUGCUGUCCCGCUCCCAGCUGAGGCACGCCUGUCGACAGCCCUGUGAGCAGAUCACGCUCCGCAGGAUCUCACAGCCUCCAACCCAGGGCCUGGCCCUGGCACCGCCAAACCCCCACGCCAGCUUAAGGAUGCGAGGUCCUAUCGUCAUCCAUGAUUGAUGGUCGUAGAUUUUCAGUGUUGAACCUUCACAGCCACCAACCUUUUUUCAUCUGUCAUCCAAUCGUUUAGACACCGGAGGAAGUGACGAAACGUGAUGCAAUAGAAACGUAGACUUGAGCUGCCUGCAGGUGCUGUCUGUGUGUGUGUGUGUGUGUGUGUGUGUGUGUGUGUGUGUGCCUGGUUUAUCAUCACUUGUGGGGACCGAUUUUUUUGACAAAACACCUCCUUGGAAUAACCUCAUGUCUUUGUGGGGACCAUUUGGCCAAACCCCAAAAAUCCAAGCCUCAAUUUGAGAUUGAAGACUUCAAAAUAACUGCAUCAUUAUAAUUGGGUUUCAGUUUGGUUGAGAGUCCAGAUUAAGGUGAGCCAUUUGUUUUGGAUGGUUCGGUUUAUGGUGAGAGGCUGAGCAAAGCAUUAUGUCAAUGAGCGGACCCCACAAGGAGAGAGAUACAAACCUGUGUGUGUGUCUGUGAGAGAGAGAGAGAGAAGGACUGAUAGUGAUUUGAGACUGAAAGUGAUUUUAUUAUCAGUGAGGAUAUUCUGACAGAGCUUUGUGAAACCUUUGUGUUGAUUGUGAUUUGUGACGUUAUAUGGAAUUUUGGAGGCAGCCUUUCUUCAUAAUCCUGCUUAUGCUGCAUUCCAGCUCAUUCAUUCAAGGAAAUAAUCAUCGGGAAGUCUGAAAAUACAAAAUGAAUAACAUUUAUUUGUCGCAUGACAUGUCGCCAUGUUAACUGUAAAUAGUUCUGAUGAGGGUUUGAAAACAUUUUUCUGCCUUAAAUUGUUUCUUUCAUUUUCAUUAGUCCAACAGCACUGACCUGUGUGUGAGCAUUGGUCUUGCAGACAGAUUCUUCAAACUCUCUUGCCGAAACAUUAUUGGGCUUCAGUUUCCAUGUACCCCCUUCAGAGUGGGUGGGGGGGCACCUGAGAACCUGGCCACAAUACAAUUGUUCAUAGUUUGUGACACAAAUCAAUUGAAACAAAAAACAGCAAUCUCCACACUCAUAAUCCAAGUCAGAGUAAAUGUUAUGAGACUCAAAGAUCUAACUCAAAUGUAUAUUCCUGGUUACAGUCAGUUACUCAAUUCAUCUUCAUGAAUUUUGGCCCCUCUCUCGUUGUUUCACAUCUCAGCCUCGCUGUCCUCCCAUGCACUUGAGUGAGCCAGGAGACGACACUGCUGAGUUUUUCUCUGUCUUAGAUUCUGUCUUUUGUAGCUUCUUAGCUUGACACAGCUAAACCCUGAGCUUUGUCUUGCUACCACGAAAAUAUCAUUGUCAUCCUUGGAUUUACGUUUGUAUAUCUAGAUCUUAGUGUCACUGUUGGUGUUGCUCCAUAGAGCAUUGAUCUCACAUGUUUUUGACAAGAGUUUGAAUUACUGCAGUUCAAAUGUUUUUUGAGGAUUAAGUCCAUCCCCGACACAAAGAAGAAACCGCACUGAAAUGACUACCUUUAAAAAGGAUUCUUUUAUAAUCGCUGUUUUUCUUGAUUAUUUUAGUACUCUAAGAGUUGAACCUCCCUGCUGUGUACGAUAUAUUGUAUAUUUCAUCUUCUCAAUGUAAAUUCUUUUCAUCUGAUUUUUAUGAUCCGGAAGGCAUGGAUCUGAGAAACAUCAAUCGUGGGGAAGUAAAAACAAAGAAAAAAAGGCUUCUCAAUCCGGCCUGCAACUUUUCAUCCAUUUCCUCUGCUGCAUGACGAUACUGCCAUGAGAUCGGAUCAGCCUUCGGGUUGUUUUGACAUGGCAUGACCGCCGCUUGGUCACAUGAUUUUGUUUUCCCUCUUUCAUUCAGAAUGUUUCUGUUAGUGUUUCCUGUAAGUCAAGUGUUGAAUUAUGAAUAUGCUGAGAAUAAAAA